AUGUCUGGUCGUGGUAAAGGCGGUAAAGUCAGGUCAAAGGGAAGGUCUCGCUCGACUAGAGCUGGAUUACAAUUUCCCGUGGGACGUAUCCAUAGACUACUAAGAAGAGGCAAUUAUGCCGAACGCGUCGGUGCAGGUGCACCAGUUUAUUUGGCUGCGGUUAUGGAAUAUUUGGCUGCAGAAGUAUUGGAAUUGACUGGAAAUGCAGCACGAGAUAAUAAGAAGACAAGAAUUAUUCCAAGACACGUACAACUUGCUGUCCGCAACGACGAGGAGUUGAAUAAACUCUUAUCUGGAGUCACUAUUACUCAAGGAGGUGUUCUACCGAAUAUUCAAGCAGCGCUUCUACCGAAGAAAACCGACAAGAAAGCUUAA